AUGAUCUCAUCCCUUCCUUUUCUUCUUCUGCCGAGCAGCAGCCAGCAGAGCCUUCGUCCGCGGCCACAACCAGCGCAGUCGCCGCCGCUCCCUCGUUUCGACCCAACUCCCUGCCCCACGUCUCACCGCCGCUCAUUCGCCCCCUCGUCUCAAACCAGGUCCCCAACUCGUCGCCGUCGCUCCCCGCCCGACGCAUCGACCCAACUCCCCGCCGCCUUGACAGCAGUCCCCGCCCCUGCCUCAAUACUAGCUUAG